CUGAACACCUGCACAACUUCAACGCUCGUCCGCGUUAAUGGGUAACAGCGCGCACCUCUGGGACUUUUGAGAAGUUAUUAAACUAUGCCAUUGCCUUUUUGUAAAACACUUCUACUUAACAAAUAGUCAAAGCUAUUGCUGAUAUUUUUCUUUGAUGCCAUGUCACCGAGAUAACCCAUUAAGGUCUCGUUAAACUGUGCGUAAAGGGCGCUUUUCUGGACUGAAUCAACACGGAAAAUUCAAGGAAGCAUAAUGUCGAAACCCAUGGACCACGUCAAGCGACCCAUGAACGCUUUUAUGGUGUGGUCGAGAGCUCAGAGACGAAAGAUGGCUUUGGAUAACCCGAAGAUGCACAACUCUGAAAUCAGCAAGCGCCUCGGAGGAGAGUGGAAACUUCUGUCGGACUCUGAGAAACGACCAUUUAUAGAUGAAGCCAAACGCCUCCGAGCCGUCCACAUGAAAGAGCACCCGGAUUACAAAUACAGACCCCGGAGAAAGCCUAAAAACCUGAUCAAAAAAGACCGGUAUCACUUUAACGUGGCCUAUAAUUUGGGUGAAGUUGAGCCGUUGAAAAGUGCGCGUCUACCCGGAGACGCGCUCACGGACUCCAUGAUGAGCAACGCGGAGAAAACGGCAGUUUCUGCGGCCACGAGAGUGUUGUUCGGUCACCACCUCUCGGCCAACCCCUAUCCGUUUUUCGACCUGGCCUCCAAAAUGUCGGAAUUACCUCCUGCGCCGUUUCCACACUAUUCGUUGCUCGGCUAUCCCGGGGUCUCUGCGUUUCCCGGGAUGGGAAUUUUGGCCGGCUCGCCGCACACUCACCCGUCGCCGGGUAACCCGGGACACAUGAUGCACUAUAACUGCCCGGGCUGGCCUCCUUCUGCACCUGCGUUACCUUCAACGUAUGUACUUUUACCUGGAAUGACCAAAGCCCAGCAUGAACCUUACUUCGCAUACGCAGCGGCCAUAUGAGGGCCAUUCAACUCUUCAGAACUAAAUAAGAAUAAUGCGGCUGAGGUCACGUGCACUUGUUAUGCAGAAAUGUUUUUAAAUAUCACUUGUGUAAAUGAGGUGGGUUUAUCUUUUAAAAUAAAGAUAUAAAAGGUAUUCUAGUGUUUUAUAAACACCGCGUCUGUGUCUUUUAAUAGGAAAUGCAUCCCUAUAUGCGUGUUUAUGUCAUUUGAAGUUUAAGGAAAAACAACAGAUUUGCCUUCAUAUAUCACUUAGCUUUUGCAAAGUUAUUAAAAUAGUUUGCUCUGUUAAAUAAUGUUGUCAACAAUAAUGUGAACACUUUCGGAAAACUACAAAGACUGUCAGACAUUACCCUUUAAAAAGGUACCAAUAUGUCGUUUAGGUAAUAUGUAUUUGGUAACUGUAUUUUCCUUUGAGGUACAAACUCUUUAAGUGCAAAGGUGUACUUUUUGAAAGGGUACCGCUCCAGGGAAAGCUUUAGUACCUUUUUUAUUCAUCAUUUUGCUAAGUUCAUAAAACACAAGACUGAUAAAUAUGAAAUAUGACACAGAGAGACACACAGUGAGCCAUGAGUGGCCACAAGAAUCCAUUAAGAGAGUAUGAAAGUGGAAACAGUCUGUUGAGACAACACUGUUUGUAAGGACAGUAAAACAUCAGCUGAUUCAAAAGCUAAUGGCUCUUGACUCAGAACACACUCUGAACAGUGAUGAUGGGACAGAAUGAUACAGAAAGUGAAGGAAAAUAGAUAGGACAGAUACACGUGAGUGGCCAAAGAACAUA